AUGGACGUCACAAGUCUUUACACAAAUAUACCACAGAACGAGGGUAUUGAAAUUGUCUGUAAAGCAUAUGAAAACUUCUACAAAGACAAGCCUCCUAUUCCUACACAUUACCUGGGGGAAAUGCUUAGACUAAUCUUCAAAGAAAAUUAUUUCCAGUUCAGUGGAAAACACUACCUACAAAGCCAUGGUACUGCAAGGGGCACAAAGACAGCAGUUGCUUUUGCCAGUAUUUUCAUGGCACAUAUUGAAACAACAAUUCUAAGCAAAACCGUUUCUAAACCUACUGUUUGGAAACGCUACAUUGACGAUAUCUUUACCGUAUGGAACAUAAGUAAACCAGACACUGAAGCCUUCGUCGAGCAAGCAAACUUACAUCACCCAACUAUCAAAUUCACAGCUGAAACAUCUGACACUGAGACUGUUUUUAGACACGGUUGUAUACAAAGGCACAAGAUUCCAGGAAAAAUCUAUCCUUGA